AUGAAAACACUCCUGUUUGACACAGAUACAAAGCAAGUAUCCUACGAAGGCCCCGAUGGAUUUGUAAACAUUCCUGACAAUAAAGCCUGUCUUACUCCAUCUGAAAAUGUCGUUUCAUAUCCCUUUUUGUGUGUUUUAGGUAUUAUAAAAACAUGUUCGGAGUCGAAAUACUUGUUUUUCUGCUCAGAAAGUGAGAGUUUGGGAACCUUUCACAAGGAUGAGAUUUUCACUGUUCUAAGAGUUAGCUAUCUACCACUAACAGACUCGGUUCAAGAUGAAAUGGCUGAAAAUGUUAAGAAUUUGAUUGAAAAUCUAAACUUUUAUUAUACUUUUGAAAGUGUUGAAGAACAUUUCCUAUGGAAUGGCGACAUGAUCAAGAACUUCAAGGAGCAUGUGAGCAGUGACUGUGCAGUGUCUGAGGCAGAUACGUCAUCAGCCAAAUCUCUUUCUGUUGGCGACAUUCCAUAUAAAUUCAAGAAUAUUAAAAGCCAGAACAGAGCCAUGAGAAGUCCAUUUUCAAACAGAUUUGCGCAAGCCGAACCAAAGAGUAUUGAUUUUGGUAAAAUGGUGAUCGGAAAUAUGAUUUGCGGGUAUUUCGAAUCCAGAUCAAUUAGAGAAAAUGGCAUGCUGUACUUCCUCAAAAUUCUCUCGAGGAUAUCCAUCAAGAAGAUUGGAACGAGAAUGCUUAGUAGAGGCGUUGAUGAGCUUGGAAAGGUAUCCUUUUUUGUCGAAACAAAGUUUGUAACAAAGAGUGAUAGCGAAAGAGUUGAAUUCGUUAUUCUUAGAGGUUCUGUGCCACUUUACUGGUCCCAAGACGAUCCUCUAAAGCCGCACAAGAUUAUUUUUGAUGAAAAUAAAGAAAAGAAUGGCAAAGCAUUUAAACAGCACUUGGAAAAGCUUCAAAGAGGGUAUGGGAGAAUCGUUAUUGUUGAUCUUUUGGGCCAUAGAAAAUACGAAAAAAUUCUAAGUAAACGGUACAAAGAUCUUUGUUUAGAAAACAACGUGGAUUAUGUUCAUUUUGAUCUAAAUAAAUAUGCAGAGAAUAUAGAAAAUAUUAAAACGACAUUUUAUAAACAGUUAAAUGCUUUUAUGAUUGAGCUUAGGAACAGAGAGCGUGGUAGUUCUGAUCUUAAGUAUCAAGACAUUGGAUACAAACAAGAAUCUGUGUGUGAAGACUUUGAUAUUCACACGCCUAGUUUUAUUUCAAGCGUAGAUCAAGAGAGCAUUCCCAUCAAUACGGACAAUUUUUCAUCUGAACGCUUGGAGUCCGAGAAUGGCUGGUCUGAAGAUUCUAUUCAAGAGCCUGAUUCCAGCUCAUUCUCUGUCACAAGUCCACAAUGUGAUUUUAACGAUGUUAAGGUAACGUUUCGUGUUAAUUGCAUGGACUGCUUGGAUAGAACUAAUAUUGCACAGUAUUUGAUUUUUAAUUUUUUUGAUACAUUCAAAUUCAGUGUUGCAAGAAGCAUGUGGGUCAACAACGGGAACGCAUUGAGUAAAAUGUAUACCGGCUCAGAUGCGCUGAAAAGUGAGCUACAUGCCAAAGGAAAGCUUUCUGUCCUAGGGCGAAUGAGCGAUCUUGUUAUAUCUGCAAAUAGGAUGAUAAAUAAUCGAUUUACAGACAGAGACAAGCAAAACGUAAUAGACAUGAUUUUAGGUAAGAAAUCAAGCUAA